AUGGCUACCACUCCUCCCCCUCUCCCCCCUCCCAUUGACGCCUCCUCCGUCGACAAGCUUCAGCUUGCCGCGGACCGCUCGGCGAUCAACUGGCAUUCCUUCGUCGGGAGCAUCCGCCGUGUUCUCCAAGAUGCAUUCGUCGGACCCUACUGCGUCAUCGACGUCCUCCUCCGCCGCCCACAAGCCCUCCAGCCCACGGCACCCAAUCACCCCGGCGAACCCCCUCCACCCCCCAUUCCUCCUGGUCCUCCUCCUACUGAACCCACCUUGGAGAUCGCCACUACCCCGGCGCUCCAGGAUGCCGCCGAUGCCGCAUUUCUCCACGAUCGCCGCGAAUACCUCAUCCGCAAGGCGGAGCAUGAGGUUGCGGUACAUAACCACGACUUCGCGGUAGCGGAACGCGCCAAUCACCUGGCGCUCCUUGAUGAGUACAAUACGGCCAUGGCGGACUACCUCCCUCGGAGCAUCGCAUGGGCCACUGCCGAUAACCGCGCCUGCACCGUCCUCCUCGGCGCACUCCCUGGUACCCUCAUGCGCCGUUUCCAAGCUCGCGAGAUGCGCGCCUCCCUCAUCUGGGCCGAGCUCCAGGCGAUGUUCGAGCGUCGCGACAUCAGCUUUGUCGGCGCCCUGUUCCAGGAGUACUUCUCCAUCACCCUCGCCACUUGUGAUGGCGCAGUUGACUACGUGGGGCGCAUGCAGGAGGUCGCUGAUCGCCUUGCGGCACGCCAAGCUGCCCUCCCCGAGCCUCUGCAUAUCCACCACCUCCUCUACAACCUCACCCCGGACUACGAGUCCCGCCUCCAUGCCUUCACUGAGGCCAACCCCAUGGCCGGCCUCGAUGACGUGGUCCAGUGGAUCAUUGACACGGAGGUCAAGCUCCGUACCCCUGUUGUCAACCUUACCACCCCUCAGUCCUCCUCCUCCACCUCCCUCAACGCUACGCAGCCGCGCAACCAGGGUGGUCGCAGCGGCGGCGGCGGAGGCCGUGGAACGGGUGGUGGUGGUGGUGGUGGCGGCCGUGGUGGUGGCGGUGGUGGUAGUGGUGGCCGUGGUGGCCGUGGUGCCGGUGGAGGUGGUGCUGGCAGCGCCCCUGCUGAAGGACCUUCCGGUUCUGGUGGUGCUGUGACUCGAGGCGGACGCCCUGGCACUCUCCCCCCAUGCACAUAUGUGCGCCGCCAUGGACCCCAUGCUGGUACCCCUUGUGGCCAGACCAACCAUCCCCCCACCACGUGCUUUAAGGCACUCGACGACGCCUGGUUUGAUCGAGGCAACACUGGCACCCCUCCUCGCUGGAACUCGAUCGCACCUCGCCCCUCCUUAGUGGAUAUUCAGACCCUCCCCUCUUUCCUCUCUGCUCACCUCCGCAUGUGUUCCCGACACAUCUGCAGCCGGAUCAGCAGCAGCAGCAGCAGCAGCAGCACAGCACCAGCAGCAGCAGCAGCAGCAGCAGCAGCAGCAGCAGCAGCAGCAGCAGCAGCAGCACCAGCACCAGCAGCAGCAGCAGCAGCAGCAGCAGCAGCAGCAGCAGCAGCAGCAGCAGCAGCAGCAGCAGCUGCUGCAGCAGCAACAGCAGCAGCAGCGGCAACCGGGACAGCAGCCGGGGCAGCAGCAGCAGCCGGGACAGCAGCAGCAGCAGCAGCCGGGACAGCAGCAGCAGCAGCAGCCGGGCCAGCAGCAGCAGCAGCCGGGCCAGUAGCAGCAGCAGCAGCGGCAGCCGGGACAGCAGCAGCAGCAGCAGCAGCAGCCUCAGCAGCCUCAGCAGCCGCAGCACCCACACGGUCAGCCGCAGCCGCAGCAACAAGGGCAGCAGCUUCAGCAGCACCAGCGGCAGCAGCGGCGUCGUGCCACCUCCCGUUCCUCCCCCUUCCUCCUCCCUUACAUCCAUACCCGCUCUGUGGACAAAAUCCUUGGGGCUCCUUCUCCUGCCUCCAUUCAGCUCCUUGA